CACCACCCCACCUCGACGGCCCGCCCCAUUAUGGUGCGUUCCGCCUCCGCGCUCGUCUUCCAGCCGCUCUCCGCCGGCUCCCCGCGCCUGUCCCUCGACUUCCUCUCCGCCGACGCCGCCACCUCCGGGUUCACCCUCUUCGACUCCCACAACGGGCUCCUGCUCCUCCUCAAGGAAACCGGCGCGGGGCCCCGCUUCCUCGUCUGCGACCCCGUCUCCCGCCGCCACGCGCAUCUCCCGUCGUUGCCGGCCGCCGCGUUAUCCGCCGGCGAGUUCCUCGGCGCCGCGAUCCUCUCACGCGCCGCUGGAAGCGGCUUCGAGUUCUGCGCCGUCUGCCUCACCGUCCACGCCGACCGACCGCGCCUCUGGCUCGCGGGGUCCCGCGACGGCGAGGGCAGCUGGCUCGGGCUGCCGCCGUCGCGGGACUUCCGCAUCAAGUGGCCCCUCAGCUGGGCGGAGAACCACUGCGUGCGCGCCGCCGGCAGCAUCUACUGGCACAUCAUCAACGACUCCGCGCUCGCGCUGGACCCGAACACAUUGCAGUUGUCCUACCUGCGGGCGCCACCCAUGGUCUGGGACGACCUCGGGUUUCCGAACUACCGCAUCGGAGAUACGCCGGGUGACGGCCGUCUGUGCUUCGCCGCGCUGGAGAGCCAGGUGCUUCGGCUCUGUGCGCGACGAGCGGGCAGCGUCGACGGGUGGGUGCUGGAGAGAAAGGCGAGCCUGACUGAGGCGUUCGACUCCGUCACGGACCUGCCCAUGGACUGCACAUGGCUCGGCGACAUUGACCCGGGGCGCACUGGCAAGGUGUUCAUCAGAUCGUUUGGACAUGGGCAUUUCUCCUACGAUAUGGACACUGGGAAGUUGGAUCGCCUAAUGACAGAUGACGGCCAGGAGUACGGGCACCCAAUCUUUGCAUACUUCAUGUAAUCAGGUAUGCCUCACCUGAUGUGUCGUGUGGUUUCUGUCAUCGACAAAGGAGUUACACCAGUGGUCUAUAGCCCGGGGCUUGAGGAGUGACAUACCUCCUCGCCAUGGGUUCUUAGGUGGUUUAGGUUCUAGUUUGAUAGCUAGU